UCCCAAGGGUACUCGAUCUGGCGGGAAAAUGUCCCAAUAGUCCCUGCCACAUAUAAAACCCUAACACUCCAAUCUCCGCCCCGCAUAACCUCUCUCUCUCUCUCUCUCUCUCUCUCUCUCUAUCUCUUCGAAAUCCAUUUCGUCUCUUUGAAUUUCAUUGACACCUGCUUGCCCUAUAAAUGUCUCAGUGAAAUAUCUGGUACGGUGAAUCGCAAUUGGUCACUAACUUGGUGAAGAAAAUGGCGGAUGUGUUUGACGAUGAAGCUGAGCAGACUGUUUCGAUCGACGAGUACCUUAAGGGCGUUGAAGAGCAGGAGCUGGAAGCAGACCUGGUUUUGGGGGGUGAUGAGGGCAAGGAAUGUACUUAUACAAAUGGUUAUAUGAAGAGGCAGGCAAUUUUUUCAUGCCUGACUUGCACCCCAGAUGGAAAUGCUGGAGUUUGCACGGCUUGCUCCUUGUCUUGCCAUGAUGGCCAUGAGAUUGUGGAGCUGUGGACCAAGAGAAAUUUUAGGUGCGACUGUGGAAAUUCAAAAUUUGGGGAGUUCUUCUGCAAGCUUUUCCCAAAUAAAGAUAUAGAGAAUGCUGAGAAUUUGUAUAAUCAUAACUUCAAAGGUUCAUACUGCACGUGUGGUAGGCCCUAUCCUGAUCCUGUUGUCGAAGAACAAGUAGAGAUGAUACAGUGCUGUAUAUGUGAGGACUGGUUUCAUGAGGAGCAUCUCGGUCUUGAGCCUUCUGAUGAGGUUCCAAGAGAUGAGGAAGGUGAACCUCUGUAUGAGGAUUUUAUAUGUAGGACCUGCUCAACCACCUUUUCUUUUUUGGGAUUCUAUCCUCAAUCCAUAUGGGCAGCAGGGAGGCAGUGUGAUGCUAUUGAUACUAGCAAGGAUAAGAAUGUGUCAGAAGAUACAUCGUCAGCUAGUGGAUCUGGAAAGCUAGAGAAUGAUGUUGACGCUCAUAAUUAUCCUAUAAAAGAGCUUGCUACAACCUAUUCUGUAUCUGUCUCUGAUGGGGAUGGUUUGUCUCUUGGAGAAAAUUCUCAGAAGAAUGAAAGUUCAAAUCAACACAUAAAAGAUGCCUGUCCAUCUACAACCUGUGUUCUUGGAGUAAACCUGGGGGCUGCUUCUCCUGCUUUAGAGAGUAAACCACUGUUUCUUUCCAAAACCUGGCGCGAUGUCCUCUGCAGAUGUGAAGAAUGCUUAGUUCUUUACAGCAAGAAGCGUAUUGCUUUUCUGCUUGACAAGGAGGACUCAAUUGCGGAGUAUGAGAAAAUGGCAACGCAGAAGAGGGAAGAAAAGUUGCAGCAACAGGAGGGAACUGAGCUAAAUUUACUUAAUAAACUUGGUCAUAUAGAGAAAAUGGAGAUUCUAAGUGGUAUUGCGGAUAUGAAGGAUGAGCUUCGUUCUUUCCUGGAGACAAAGGACUCAUCGAAGCCAAUCACAGCUGAUGAUGUCCGCCAGGUUUUUGAGAAUCUUGCAAAGAAGCGCCGCCGCAUAGAGUGAAUCUUUUGUUGAAUCUUUACUGUGGUUUCCUGCCUGUGUAAACUGUAAACUUCCCGUUCAAAAACAUUCAGAAAACAAGCAUGACAUGGUUUUAGACUGUUCUUAAUUAGAAUUCUGCAACCAGGACAAAGCACUUUGCUGUGUAAAUUAUGUGCUUAUGCUUAUGCAUUUAAAAGCUUAAUUGGGACUUUUCUUAUGAAGUGCAAUAUUCUGAAGGCAA